GUUAUCAGUUGGUUAAAGAGAAAAAAAAAUACAAUAAAUAUAUUAACAUUAAAUAUGUGACAUAUAUAUUAUAUCAGAUGAGCUUCAUUCUGAUAGUUGUGCUCUCAAAAAUUAAUAAUGCUGUGGGAGGCAGCUUAAAAUCUCCACAUUUCUGUAGUUAUGAAGCAUUUAGACUUGAACAGGUCGAACAGUUUCUUCUUGUGCAGAAGGAAUAAUGAGGUUCACAAAAACAAUGUAUGCGCUUGUGAAAAAAAUAUAUACCAGUACAUACGUGUAAAUAAACAAAAACAAUUGACGUAUGAGUAAAAACCAACAAACUGAACGCGCAUGCGCAAUGCAUACAUCUACAUAUGCACCGACACUUGUACACCCGCGCACACACACGCACGCGCAAACAUGUGUAGACGCGUUACACCAACGCUUAUCGCACCGAUGCGACAACAAAGUUUACCAACAACCAACUGCGAUAUCAGCGACGGUGGCGGCGACGACGUCUAUCAAGCGAUAAGAUAAGGAGAACUCACACAUACACGCCAGCUCACCUGGAGUUGAGUGGAGUGCUCGCAAAUAAAUCAUAAUUCACACAUGCACAGCGUACAUUCACCAACACACUGGCAGCGUACACACAUACAUACGUGAAUAAAUAUGUGGUUUAACAGAGAAACACAGAAAUAUGCGGCUUCCCGCUACUCGACCGCAAUAUGGCACCAGCGCCUUUGCAACGUGUCCGGAGGUUCUAAGAGAUGGAAGCACAGGCACAGCAACAAUUGCAGCAACAGCAACAGGUACUUGCCAAACAGCAGCAGCAGGCGCAGCAACAGCAACAUUUAUUGUCGAACAUCAAAACGGAAGUAAAUAGUGGCGAUUCUCAAUUGACCGCUGGCACAACAACAACACUGCAGGCACAAAAAACCGUAAAUGCUGCCGCAGAAGAACAGCAGCAAGUCGGACAGGACUUGAAACAAACACAAUCCGUACAGCAACAGCAACAACAGUUAUCUAGUCAAUCAAAACCGCACACGCCUAAUCAACCACAAGAGCAAAAACCACAGUUACAACAACCACCUACAAGCGUGGCAACAUCGGUUGCUUCGAUUACCGGCGCUCAACCACAAUCGAAUGCGGAAUACAGCAUUCCACUGGCACGCAACACUCAACAGCGACGAAUACUGACCACCGCGGGCACCUUUGAGGAGAACGAUAAUCGUGACACGGAACAGCCCGACUCACAGUCUGAGUAUCAUCAUCAUCAGUCCCCCGCCGAUUAUGUGGUAAUGGCACCGCGCAAUGAUGAGCAUCCACCGCCCGGCACCGCCGUCUACACGUACACAACUACGGAGAAUGGUCAACAAAUUAUUUGCACCGAAACUGGUGCAGCCAUCAAACUCGAAGAUAUCGAAAAGGAUCAACAGGCUGGUGCGGACGCACAACAACAUCAUCAGCAACAGCUGCAACAACAACAGCAACAACUUUGUACACCACCGAGCAGUGGAUACGGUGAUACAAUUGUUGUCUCCGCCUCAGCAUUGCAUCAACAUCAAAAUCCACACGGCGUCAUCAACGCAUCCACACAUGGCGGACAUCCGGGUGCACAACUACGAUUCGAUCCCGAUGAACGUUACAGCAAUGUGCUACAGGACAAUGGCAAUGUACAAACUAUUUACUAUAAUCCCUCAGUGGUCGAUUCAACCGCACACCCCAGUGAAGCAAAAACGUUUACAGAUCUUGGUAAUACAGAAUACUAUUCGAGCCCCCCCACAUACGCACUGCCACCGCCCAAUAAUGGGCUCUAUAGUGUUUCGGGUUCGACGCAGUUGAUUUGCAAAUCGGAUCCGAACUUAGGUGCCAUGCGACAGCCGGGACAAUUUCAGUCUUUAAUGGAAUCCGGCGUACAAGAGCAGUCGAUGUGGGCACCAUCAGCAGUGGAAUUCUCUGGAUAUAAUACAUAUCAUCAUCAGGUAGUGGAUGACUACGGUUCCGGCAAUAUGACCACCGCGCAUUGGUCAGGCGCGGGUCCAAUCACUGCUUAUGAGUCAUCGCUCGUGCCGACUGUCUACGAGUCUCCCAAGUGUGAGAACUGUGGCGCCCUCUACAUACGGAAAGGCAACGAUUUCUAUUGUCCCACCGGCUGUAAUCAACUGCGACCGACACAUGUGCGCAUACCAGCUCGUCAAGCGAAACCGAAAAUGCCCGCCAAUGCCAACAACCGACGCACUGGCGUCACGUGCGCCAAUUGCAACACCACGACGACAACGCUUUGGCGUCGCAACAACGAAGGCAAUCCUGUGUGCAACGCUUGCGGUCUGUACUUCAAACUGCACAACACCAAUCGGCCGCAAUCCAUGAAGAAGGAUGGCAUACAGAAACGUAAGCGUAAGCCAAAGAAUAACGGUGGCAUGACAACGAUGAAACCUCUACCAUUAAAUGAUUAUUCACACACAGCGCUACCGGGAAUGCCACAGAAUGUGACGCUGAUGACACCUAACGGUACGAUAUACCCUUCACAAGUAUCUGCUUUAAGUUUACCAAUGAAUGGUGGUGGUGUUGGUCCAGGUAUCAUUGGUGGUGGCCCGCAAUCGUUGGCGAGUGAAAUACGCGAUAUGUCCGUAAAUGGUGGCAAUGGCAGCAGUGCAGGCGCUGGCUCAAUGUCAGUUGGUGGUGCUGGUGCCACCGUUGUGGUGGCGAGUGGCGCGGGUAGCUCGGUAACCGGCACCGGACCACGUAACGUAUCGAUUGUACAACAUGUAACUGGCGACAGUCACUCACCAUACAGCAAUCCACCAUCACAAAGUCAAUCGCCGCACUUAUCCAAUCCAUCGCCGCUCAAUCGACAGCCAAUAGCACAAAGUGUGCAACCUAUCGAAGCUACACGUCCAACGAAUGGUGAAAUACCGACGGGCGUCAUAACGCGCACUGGACUACCCGAACGUUCCUCGAAUAAUUGAUCAUUGCGCAUUCACGCAUUCGAAAUUCCUGAAUUUGCCAAUAAUAAUUAGACCAAAGCUUCUAUUGUACUUAAGUACGUGUGUGUAUCUAACUGAUGUCUGAAUAGUUUGUUUUUAUAAAAUAUGAAACAUUUUAAUUUUAAUACUAUUAUUUGUGUUGCUCAAAAAAAAAUAUGUUCACUUUCGUGGAAAUUAACCCCUUUAGUUUUUAACUACUAUUAGCUCAAACAUGUAAAUAUAUUUAAGUGCCAAAAAUUUCUAAUUGAUUACAAAUAAAAGAGGAUUUAUAUAUUCCCAGUAAUAUAAAAAAUAUAUAUAGAAUAAAAAAUUAAAUUCCC